GUGAAUACAGAUGAUGUGCGGGGGACGGAUUUUGUGCUCACACACAUUAACGAACAAGUGGAUGUGGCUGGCGAAGUGGUAUUUGCUGGCAUGGAGCCACCUUUGCAGUAUAAAAUUGGCCUAUACAAACAUGGUGAUCUGAUGCAGCAAGUAACCGUGAAUGCGCCAUCGACCGUCUUUUACUUCGACAUACCUAGUGUGAACAAUGAGGUUAGUGAAUUAUCUCUGCAAUAA